AUGACACCUACAAAUGACAAGUUGUUUCUAUUAUUCCCAUUGCUAGCUGCACUUCUCCCUGGUGGUGACAACGAAGCUGGGUCUGCAGAGCCUCUCUCCUACCAUGUCAUGCAGAUAUCAACUUUCCAAAACCAUUCCUGGGAACAGAAUCUGGGCUCAGGUUGGUUGGGUGAUUUGGAGACACAUCGCUGGGAGAGCAACUCUGGCACCAUCACGUUCCUGCGGCCUUGGUCCAGGGGCAACUUCAGCAAUGAGGAGUUGAAAGAAAUUGAAACAUUUCUCCAUAUUCACUUCAUUAGAUUUACCAGAGAAAUUCACAAAAGCGCUAUUCAUUUGGAAUAUGAUUAUCCCUUUAUCUUGCAGGUGGCAGCAGGUUGUGAGCUGCAGGCUGGCAAGGCAUCCGUAGGCUUCCUGCGGAAGGCUUAUCAAGGGACAGAUCUGCUGACCUUCCAAAACAAGACAUGGCUACCAUCUCCACAUGGUGGAAGUAGGGCCCAGCACGUGUGCAGAGUACUCAAUCGAUUAGGAGGACUCACGGAAACAGUACACAAGCUCAUCAGUGACACCUGCCCACGCUUCAUCCUCACUCUACUUGAUGCAGGGAAAGCAGAUAUCCAGCAGCAAGUAAGACCUGAGACCUGGCUGUCCCAGGGCUCCAGUCCUGGGCAUGGUCGUCUGCUGCUGGUGUGCCAUGUCUCUGGCUUCUACCCAAAGCCCGUGUGGGUAAUGUGGAUGCGACAUGAUGGGGAGCAGCCACUUCUUCAGGAAACUGAUUUUUUGCCCCAUGCUGAUGGAACCUGGUAUCUUCGUGUAACGCUGGAUGUGGCCGCUGAAGAGGCAGCCGGCCUGUCUUGUCGAAUAAAGCACAGCAGUCUAGGAGACCAGGACAUCGUUCUUCACUGGGGACGUCACAGUUCUAUGAGCUUCAUCUUGCUGGCAGUGAUCACACCCCUGGCUUUUCUGACGGGCCUUGCGUUUUGGUUCAGGAAGCGAGGUUAUUACAAAGGGACAGAUCUACAGAUGAUUAAAUUUUGGGAGGUGCAGAUGUUACAUGAUGCUUCCAGUGCAGCACAGAGGAUCAUGGAGAGCAGCAGGAAUGUCAUCCGUGAGCAGUGA